AUGGAGCUCCGCUCGCUCGAAUUCGGGCCACCAGCGCCCCGCUCGCCGCCCUCGGCCAAAAGCAUGGGAGUCGUGGAAGGGACAACACAGAAGCUCCACGACCGUCUCGAAGACAGUUUGAAAGCAGAGCUUCAAAAAGUACAGCGAGAGUUCCAGGACUUGAAGCACAUGCAGGGUCAAGUCGCAGAAGAUCUUGGACGGGUGCGUGAUGAUGUCGGGCAGUUGAAGUCUGCUCCGCGAGAGGCAGAGCCACCGCCACAGUCACCAUCCAAAGGUGCCGACUUCGAUCCUGCAGAGUUGGAGAAGCGCAUGGACCGAAGGAUCGGCGACCUGCAGGAAGCAACCCGGAAGCUCCUCGAUGAUCGCCUCGAUGAUGUUGCUCGGAAAGCAGCUCAUGCAGCCUCCGAGAAGCUGCAAGCCGAGAAGGUGUCGUCACCUCCUGCCCCGUCGCUAGUGCCUUCGCCAGACAUGGGAGAAAUGCGGAAAGCUCUGGAGGAGUUCCGGCAGCAGAUGGCCGUAGAGGUGUCGAAAGCGACAGUGGCCAGUGUGGAGGAUGCCAUCAAGAAGCUGCCUGCGCAGGUGCCCGCGGCAGUAGAGGUCGCGAAGGCCGCGCCUCCGCCCAGCCCAAAGUCUGAACCGCCCAGUCCUAAAACUGCACCGGCGGCCCCAGCCCUCAACGAAGUUGCGUUGGUCUCGCCAACGCCGGCGAAGCCCUCGGAGCCCUCGGAAAUGUCGGAACCCUCGGAGCCGCAGGAGCCGCAGGAGCAGGCCGAAGUGUCGCGGCCAGAGCCGCUGACAUUGCCAGAAACCCCCCCGGCCGGCCCGGCCCCGGCUCCAGAACUAGAACUCGAAGUGCCCGGUUGGGGAGCCUUGUCCUCCAGCUAUCAGCAAGCGCUCAAGGAGAGACUUGCUCAAUGCCAGACGGAAGACGAGAGGCGGCGCUUCAUGGUGUCCUUGGCCACGGAAAGAACGCGGCCACGGAAACCGAGAAACACCGAACCUUCGAACAUAGAACUAUCUUGGGGCGAGCUGCUCUCCCCAAAGGAUGCUGAUCGCGCAAAACUGCCAUCUUUGACGGAAGAGAAGGUGAAGCCAGACAAGGCGGAAGCCGAGAAGGUGGAGCAACCUCCUCCCGUCCAGUCAGGUGGCUUUCAGAAGAAAGAGCCGACGGAGAAGCGUGAUACUGCCCUGACUCGACGGGCCUUCGCAGGAGGACUGGCGUCCUUUCUCCAACGGUGCCGCCCAGACCUCAUGGUAGCCCCAGCAACUUCUUCGGCUUCUGCGGCCGAAGAAGUGCCGACGAAAACUGGAACAGCAGCGCCAGCAACGCUAGCUGUGCCGGCAAGCACCCCGGCCACAGCGACUCCCAGCAUGCUGACCAUGGCGCCUGCCUCUGCACCACUGGCCCUUACCAGUGCGGCCACAUCGAAGCCUGGGCCGUCCGCGUCUUCGGCUGAUCCUCCAUUGCCACUGCCCCCUCCUGCAGAUCCGCCCGUGCCAGUUGCUGCCAAAGAAAGUGCAGCCAUAGCACAGCCAACUUUGCAGCGGGCGGCCUCGGCGUCUGUUGACACUGCAAACUUCGUGGUGCCGGCUGGGGCGGCAAAGCCUGCUCAGCCGGCUCCGUCUCCAUCUCCCCAGCCUCCGGCGCUUCCGAGCUUGCCGGGACCCCCCACACCGCCGAAGGCGACCGCGCAAGCUGCAAACCCCGAGCCUUCCCCUUCCCCUUCUCCAGCAACCUCCAAGACGGCUUCCAACGCACCCCCGGCACCUAAAGCACCCAUUGCACCGGCUGCACCCCCAGCGGCCCCAGCGCCUCCUGCCACAUCGACUGGUGCCAGUGAUCCUGCCAGGACCCCUGCUGCGCCCGUGCCUAAGCCGGGACAGACUGUGCCAAAGGCCCCUGGGGCUGCAGCGGCUCCCAUGCCUCCGACUGUAACAGUGCCAAAGCCGCCUGUAGGUGGGCCGCCACCCGAGCCACCAAAGCUCCCGAGUGCUGCUCCUGCGCCAAAGUUGCCAGCUCAACCCGCACCAUCGCCCGCAAUACCGAAGCCACCUGCUGACUUGGCUGCAAAGCCUUUGGGUGCAGCACCACUGCCGCCGGCAGCUGCCCCGAAGGAGCUGAAGAAACAGUUCUACGUCACGGUGAUUGAUGCCAAGGAGUACUUCGAGUACACACCGGGGGUGCUCCGGGCCUUUGUGAGGCCAGCUCACUUGGAUUCCUUGACCUUUACUUUGCAGCCUGUGUACGAGCGCAAGAUGGGUGUGAAGUUCAUCUGGGGAGAAGUGAAGGAGCUGAACGGCGAUCGGAAGACUGCCAUCGUUAAGACCAUGUUCUCCAACAAUAUGGAUGAGAUUGGCUUUGACUACUGCAUUAUCUGCUCAGGCUUCGUGAAGAUCUUUUCAUGCCAAACGGAAGACAGCUGCAAUUUUGGGCCCUUCAAGCCCAUGGGCGAGAGCCUUUGGUUCCCGACAGUGCAUGAGGAAGGGCGGGCCGUCAGUGACUGGAAGCACAUCGACGAGCGCUUCCUGGAGGGCCGCCGCCGUCAUGUUCUGGAGGAGUACCACAAGCUGCAGGAUCUGAACAAGAAGAAGGCCACAGUUCUCAUCGUCGGUGCCGGCUUCAUCGGCGUGGAGUGGGCCACGGAGAUCGAGCAUUUCUUCCCAGACGUCAAGUUGACCAUCAUCGACUUCUUGCCGCGCUGCUUGGGACCUUUGCCGGAUAGUGCUGCCAACUAUUGCUCGGAGUACAUGAACGCUUGCGGCAUCAAGGAGUUCUACAGCUGCGGUUAUGACCCGAAGAACCAAGACUUCUGGAAGAAGAUCGAGCUGCCCAACGGAGCUGACGAGACGUACGUCUGUAUCGGCGUGAAGGCCUCAAACUAUUUCAUGCCCAAGAACACCUUGUCCGACAAGGGCCCUGGUGGAGGCGGCUGGAUCCACUUCAACAAGCACCUGCAGGUCACGGUGAAGCCCUCCGAGGGUGGCGGUGUUUGGGCUGAUGGCUCCAUCUUCGCGGUAGGCGACUGCAACUACGGAUGCAUCGGGGAGCCCGGAAAAUGGGAGAUGCCACCCGUCCCGAAGAUCUCCUAUCCCGGUGAGGAGCAGGCCUAUCAUGCCUGCUUGAACGUCAUGCGGCUGGCCAACAACAACAAGAAUCUCGUGAAGACCUGGUGGCCCUGGGGUGCCGGCAUGUUCGCUACGAGCUUUGUGCAGCAGUCGAGCUUGGGUCCUCAUGAUGCUUGCUUUGUCGCUGGAGCCAACGAGAACAAAGGCUCCGGCUACAUGGUGAACUGGUGGAUCCCUGCAGCCCUACAGAAGGAGAUCAUCGAAACCACCAAGAUCGACGAGUGUCGUGACCGCUGGAUCGGCAUCCUCAUUUGGCCCUGUGCACAACACUGCGACCUAGGAGACACCGGUUCCAUCGGCCAGCUCCACGGAGGCGGCUGCCGACGGACCUCGACCUGUGUUGGAUUCCAUUUCAGAGCGACCAACCAUCAGUCCACCGGCCGGCGCCGGCCGCGAGAACGUGGUUCCCUUCACAGGCAUCGGCGGUGCCUCGAGCAGCUUAUCAACCACCGAAGCCAGGGCCCCGAUCUGUGGCUGCUGGUCCGUGCACAGACACGGACUUUCCAAGCAUUUGGCCCACUGCCCCUUGUGGUUCGUCCUGUCGGAGACCUGUCCUUCGCGAGCGUGUCUGACACCGGAGAUGCGACUUGGGUCGGGCCUUCCUUCCAGCCAAAAGGGAAGCCAAGUGCUGGGAAUGAAGUUAGCACACCUUUGGCAGAAACUGCGCAGAUGUGGCUGCAAGUAGCUGGGUAG